AUGGAGUCUCAGUAUCUGAAGCAAUGCCUGGGAACUUGCUUGAAAAUGGGACUGGCAGAGGUUGUAGAGCAUCGGCCAGCAGAUCCAAUAGCGUAUCUGGCACAUUGGAUUUACAAUUACAGAAGAAUUUUAGAUGAAGAAAAAAAGAGAAUGUUGGAAAGGAUUGAGCUGGAACAGGAACGAGAGGUGGCCCUGGCAGAACUCAAAAUGUUAAGAAAAAUGAAAGAAGAAGAGCUAAUGAUCCAGCAGAAACUUCAAGAACAACAUCAGGCUCAGUUGGAACAAGAACUUGAGGAGUUGAAACUGCAGAAUGAAGAAGACAAAAUGCUGUUGCAGCAGAAAGAUCAAGAGGAAAAUGAAAAGACGAUAGCCGAACUUACAGACAUAGCUGGACUACCUAAUUUGACCAGAGUUGAGGAGCUAGAUGAGAAUGAGCAGUCUGAGAGUGUAACGGAUCUCGUGCCACAAGCAGAACAAGAAAGUUCCGAACCGACCUAA